AUGGGCGACGUCCCUCUCCCAGCCCCAGCUCCCCCUAUUCCCGACAUCGAUAUGACCCCGCGUCGUCGCCGUGAGCCCUCCGAUCCCCGCAGCGACAGCGACUGGGACGCUGGAUCCAGCCGCGAGGGCUCCCCCGACCUCCUCCGCCGCGCGCCCGCAGUGCAGAUCUCGCGCGCCUCCUCUUCCUCGUCCUCCUGGCUCCGCGAGAUCGAGCGCGACCGUGUGCGUCUCGUCAGGGAGUGGGUCCACAUGGCUGCCCGCGACCGCGACGACGACGCCGGGCCCCCACCUUCCCCCGUCCCUGAACACGCGCGCAGGGACGCUCCCCGGAUCCGCGGCCGCCAGGCGCGCCUCGAGCUCGUCAUGCGCAUGGCCGCCGACCGCCAAGCCGAGCUCCACCGCCUCUCGCAGCACCGCGCCGUCUCCGACUUCCCGCACCGCAACAGAAUCCACGCGCUGCUCCGGGGUCGGUUUCUACGCAACGGCGGCUUGCCGGAGGAGAGGAGACCCCCAUCUGUGGCCGCAAGGGAGCUUGGCCAGCUGCGACAACGUCAUCCUGUCUCUGGUUUGAGAGAAGAGUUCCGCUUCAGAUUGGAGAAUCUUGUCCGUGGUCAAGCAGAUAGUCAAGUGGAUGCUUCUUCAGCUCACGAUGUUGAAUUAUCUAUAAAUGAUCGUUCUGAAUUAAGACCUUCUGAAACUACUCAGGAGAGACAUGAGCGGACAAGUGAGAAUAUCAGUCUUCAGCAAAUUGACAGUACGGCAACAACAUCAGGAUUUGAAAGUGGCAGCCCUAGCAUUGCUGAAGUCUUCUGUGGAUCUCAUACUCAAGCAGAAAGUCAGGAAGAUUUGGAACAUGAGAGAAGAGACUGGCAACAAUUUUCCCAUGCUGUGAUUGGAGACGAAUCUGAAAGAAGUUGGCAUGAAAAUGCAGACAACAUCUCUUCUCGUGAGGGGACAGCAGUUGAAGAGGAUAAUAACGAUCAUCUUCCAGAAGCAAAUGAAGAGUCAACCAGUGUUGAUCAUCUUCCUGAAGGACUUGAAGAGUCCAUCAGCGAUGGUAGUCUUCCUGAAGCGCAAGAAGGUCAGCAUGACAGUGAUCAUCUUCCUGCAGUGCUUGAAGAGCUGCAUGACAAUAAUCAUUUUCAGGAAUCACAUGGGGAAUGGAGUAGAGAUGAUCGUCCUAUUGAAGUCUAUGAUGAGUGGCAGAGUGAUGAUCAUCUCCCUGAAGUAAAUGAAGAGUUGCAUAAUGAUGACGAGUCUAAUGAUACUGCAGACAAUUGGCAUGAUAAUAAUUCUGACCAACCAAUUGACCACGAUGCUGCUCUUAUCAGAAGAGCUAAUACAUUCAUCCCUGGGGAUGAUGAUAAUGUGUACAGCACAGAAUUGAGGGAACUUCUAAGCAGAAGGAGCGUUUCUAAUCUUCUUCACAGUGCUUUUCGUGAAAACUUGGAUCGGCUUAUCCGGGCAUAUGUUGAACGGCAAGGUCGUGGUCCUCUCCCUUGGGAUCUGGAAGGAACAACUCCUGCCCCUCUCUCACCAGAUCAAAAUCAGGAGCAGCAAAGAGAUGAUGAGGACCAGGAACUGCAGAACACCGUCAACAGGCCUCCUUUAGUGAUACCACCUCCACCUAUGCCUCCUCGUCAGCCACUUUGGCAUUCAGAGUUGCAUCGUAAUAAUUGGAUCAGACAAAACAUUCAUCGUUCAUCUUCUGAUAUUGAAUGGGAGGCCAUCAAUGAUUUAAGAGCUGAUAUGGCUAGACUUCAGCAAGGCAUGAGCCAUAUGCAAAGGAUGUUGGAAGCUUGCAUGGAUAUGCAGCUAGAGUUGCAGCGUUCUGUAAGGCAAGAAGUAUCAGCAGCCUUGAAUCGUUUCAUUGGGGAGCAAGGUGGUGAAAGUAAAGAAAUAAUUGACGAUGGUUCGAAAUGGAUAAAUGUGAGAAAAGGAAUCUGCUGCAUAUGCUGUGAGACUCCAAUUGACUCCCUUCUGUACAGAUGUGGGCACAUGUGCACAUGCUCAAAAUGCGCGAACGAAUUGGUUCGAGGUGGAGGGAAAUGCCCGCUGUGCCGCGCACCCAUAAUCGAGGUCUCUAGUUCGUUGAUGGAUGUGGAAGUGGUGCUCUGUAUCAUGGGGGAUGCUUCCCAGAUGCUUGAUUUUUUUUUCUCAGUCGACAACUGA